AUGCUGUCUCUGAGCUGCGCGGACCCGUGGCCUGAAGGCUCCGUGGGGCUGGAGGAGGAGGUGGUGACGGCGGCGGCCCAGGCGGAGCAGCGGGACAGCAGCAGCAUCAGCAGCUGCAGCUCCAUCAGCCUGGACGACAGCCUGACAAGCCUGCAGUGGCUGCAGGAGUUCUCCAUCCUCAGUGCCAACGUGCCGCAGCAGGCCCACCAGCAGCCGCACCUGUUCGGGCACCAGCCGCUGGGCUCCGACGCCCCGGCCUCCCCUCUGGCCGGGGACCCCGCCUCCAUGGGCAUGCCCCUGACUCCGGGGAAGCCCACGGCGGCAGCCUACAGCCGGAUGCAGCCGCUGCCCGGCAUCGUGGCUCACGGCCACUGCCCCGAUGAGGUGGACUACAAGACCAACGCGCACAUCAAGCCGCCCUACUCGUACGCCACGCUCAUCUGCAUGGCCAUGCAGGCCAGCAAGAAGACCAAGAUCACCCUGUCCUGCAUCUACCAGUGGAUCACUGACAACUUCUGCUACUACAGGCACGCGGACCCCACCUGGCAGAACUCCAUCCGACACAACCUGUCGCUCAACAAGUGCUUCAUCAAGGUGCCUCGGCAAAAGGACGAGCCGGGGAAGGGCGGCUUCUGGAAGAUCGACCCGCAGUACGCUGAGCGCCUCCUGAGCGGCGCCUACAAGAAGAGGCGGAUGCCCCCUGUCCAGAUCAACCCGGCCCUGCAGAGCCGGCUCAGGGUCGGCCUGCAGCCCCAGACCAGAGGCCCCUGCAGCCCCUCAGGAGCUCAGAGCGGUCUGAGUGUCAGCCCCGAGUCCCAGCGGCUGCUCCAGGAGUUUGAAGAGGCUACUGGCGCCGACCAGAACUGGGACCCUCACCUGGCCGAGGGGACCAUGCUGGGGUCCUGGCCGGUAGUCAGGGGCAGAGGGGGCCUCAAGAGGAAGCUGGGCUCCAGGAACGGCGGUGCCAAAGCCCCCCGACGAUCCAGCUCCCCCCUGCUCUCGGCGGACGAACAGAAGGAGGUCGGACCGCUGAAGGGCGACUUCGACUGGGACGCCCUGCUGGACUCGGCCCUCAGUGGGGAGCUCAGCCUUGACGGGGGAGACCCUCUGAGCCCCAUCAUGAAGGAGGAGGACCUGACGGUGCGGGGGACCCACAUCUCCCUGGUAGAAGCCCCCGCAGGGACCGCGGACCUCCACGUGUUGGUGGAGACCCAGAGGAACAAUGACGUGUCAGACUUUGACGAGGAGACCUUCCUGGCCACUGCCUUCCUGGAGAGCCCCUGGCCGGAAGAGGAGGAGCAGGGCCGCAGCGACUUCCUCUGCAGCUCCUCCGUCAACCUGGACCAGCUGUUCGACCUUGGAGACUCGUUGGGCGGAGACCCGAGCGCCCGCAUUGACACCCUCCUCUGAGGAAUAGUUCACACUGAGGAAUAUCAGACUCCCUUUUUUUUAAAAACUCAACCAACUCUUGUUGUCCUUUUUCAAGAUGUUUAAACUGUUAUUAGAAUUUAAAUUUUCUUUCAUGCAGGAAGUUAAAUGUCAAUGCCUCCUGAACAAAGAUGCCACAGUGUGCAGCAGCAGUUCAUCACCUGGGAAACAGAACUAUAAACCCAUGAAAUGACUGAAGACAAACAAAACUAAUGUUCAGAAUUAUGGCCUGCUCACACCAGAAAAUAGCACGGUGAGUUUUAUGCAUCUUCACCAGAUCUUUGUUGAUAGAAACUCAGUGGCAAAGUGCACAACUAUACAGAAACAAGAGCAGCUCCAUCUACAAACAAGGUCGCUUAUUGUUAUGAAAUAUUAAUUCAAGGUUUUAUAACUAUAAAACUUUUCAAAAGUCUACAAAAGUCAUUGGUGGACAGUCAGUAGCUUAUAAAAACAGUCAAAUCACAAAGUUGUCUCAAGGUUCUUCUGGAUUUGUCUGACACCUCCCUCAUUCUCAUUAUGUUGAGAAACUUUCUUACCAAUUGAAGAUGCUCAGUCAUUAUUCUGCAAUACAAAGUCAAUAUUACACAGAUAUUUAAAAGAAAAGGUCUUUUACCUUUUUCAUUAUUAAAAGAAACCCUGUACACACGAGCACUGUUGAAAUGAAAAGAUGUUAGCCAUUCAGAAGCCUGAAAUACCAGUUCGUUCACACAGUUGUCCAAACAACUAGAGUUUCUUCUGGGACUCGUCCAAAGCCCACAUUGGAUGUUGUAGCAGUGACCUCCGUAACGCCUUCUAGCAUCACAUUUAUUUGUCAGAAUCCCGUUAGCACACUAAAAAAAGAAAAGUUGGGUGAACUCAAAAUUUCAAGGCAACAAACUUCGAUAAAAUUUUAAGUUGGACAAUUAAACUAAAUAUUUUAAGUUUUGUUUUUGAGUUUGCUCAACUCUGAAUUCUGAUUUUGUCAACUCAACUGUAAGUUGUACUAACUUAUAAUUUACAUUGUAAUAACUUUUAAUCCUUACUUCUGCUAACUUCUGCAAUGUGCUGAAUUGGCACGAUUGUAACGCCGCUAUUAAAUGUCAGCUAAUGUUUCGACCACAAUUUUUAGUUUGCAUUGAUACGCUAAUGGCUACUCUUGUAGCUGUAACAAGCAGUGCCGCUAUCAUCAGUUAGCCGCUAGCAUCAGUUAGCCGCUAGCUUUCGCAAAUGACCAAAAACCUGCUUGUGUUUAAAUGUUGAAAAUGUGUAGGUUGCCUUCUCCAACAAACGACGUACGAUGCUACACAACACAACUCGUAUCAUUUUAAUAAAUUUAAUUAAGGGUUGCUUACCUGUGUGGACUCAAGCUCGAGGCAGCACAGCCACAAUGAGACUUCAAGUGCAGUGUCAACUCGGAAAGUUGGCUUUCCAGCAUUUCACAACAAAGAAAUAAGAGUUAGCAGAACUAUUGCUCCUUGUUUUGAACCCCAACGUAAAGAUAUAAGUACUAACAACUCACCAACUUUUUUGUGCUAACUUACAUUAAUACCCUAAAUGUCAAUAAUUUAUAUUUCCAAGUUUUACCAACUGUUUUAGGCCAAAAAAUACAAGUUGGCUUUUUUUGCAGUGCAGUUGAGAAGAAGCUCAAUUUGAGAUAAUGGCGCUGACAUGACAAGGUCAAAACUCCUCUACACGUCAACCCUGAGUUGUUAAAAACCUCCACCAACGGUACAUUUUCAGUGACCUGUGUUUAUGAACAACGGGGAGAUUUCAGGGUUUUUUAAACGAGCUGUGACAGAACGGAACAAGAAGCAGUCAGGAAAGAUGAUGGGAGAUCAGAAAAGGAAAUAAAUGCUUAGAGAAUAUUGAGCUUGAUGUUGAGGCUCUUGUGGAGAACCCUGGGCCACAAGACCUGAAUCACCCUGGUACUCUCCUUGAUGGUGCUGGAGUGGCGUCAAGUUUUUGGCGCCAAAGGCUUAGAGAAAGCUGCAUUAAGAACAAAAUACUUGUGAACCAGGCGUUUUUAUUUGGCUUAAUGCCUCUGCAAAACAAUUUUUACUCAGUUUAAUCCUGCACCAUAUUGGACUCUGGUAUUCAGUUUGUUAAAUGUGUCCAUGCUUAGAGAGCCUGCUAUUAUUAUUUCUGUAUUAAAUAGGCAGCAGUACGACUUCCUCCUGUCUGCUCACUGUGUGAAAACCACUUUAGACUCCGACAGUCUUCAAAUAAAACUGAAUAUUGACUCACAGCUGAUAAGCUACAACAGUUUAUUUUGGCGGCCUUGUCUCCUCAAAAAUCAGAAUCAGGAUUUAUUGAUCCUCUGAGAUCAAUUUGGUAAAUUUGUAUAUUUGGUUUGCAUAAACUAAAACAAACUAUAUUUUCAAUUACAUUUCAUGGAAAAGGUAUUUUCUCCCAGAUUAUGUUAGUUUUGCAAAUACGCUUUUAAUCAAAGUUCACUCGAUAAAACGGCCAUCAGUGUCAACGACAACUUACUUUGCAUUUUGUAUGUUAGUUAAUUUAUGUAACAAACAAACUUAUUUGAACCCAAACCAUGAUCCCUUUUACUAAACUUAACCAAGUCCUUUUGUUUCAAGUCACAACGUUAACCAUGUGUUUCAAGCUUCUUCCAUAAUCCACUUUAAAAAAUCAAUUAAUUUGUUAUGAUUCUGGACUCUCUCCUCUCUGUGAGAAAGGAGACUGUUGGUCAGUGAUGCAGAUUUGUGUGUAAAAUUCACUAAAAGUGGCACAAAACACUCUCUGUUGUUUACAUCUUGUUAUAUUUGUACCUGAAUAUGUGUUUAAGAGGAGGGAAUCAGCGAGUGGUGUCAGCAGGCUGGGGGUGAUUUAUUAUAAUGUGUAAAUACUGUGACAGCAGCACCAUGAUGAUGAAUUAUUACAUAUUUGCCAAAUAAUGUUUGGUGUAGAAGUGAUUUGACUGUGUUAGUUUUUCUGUGCGUGGGGUUUUUGGUACUAACUUCUCUCUGUAUGCAUUUGUCAUGAAUAAUUAGGAAACUAGAUGAAUAAUUAUGAAGCAGGAUAAGUUUCUUUUUGUCCAAGAGACGUUAUGAUUGUAGAUUGUUUCUUUGAUCCUGUGGCUGCAGUCGAGGACUCAUCUGAGCUUCAAGUUAAAACGGCCCAAGGCAAAAUUCUCCAACAAAGAACUAUUAAAAAAGCUGACUUUCUGAAAGGCCACGGUGCCUGUAAAUGAAUAGCUGACCUUCUACGUGCCAAGAGCAACACUUGGGACUCGACAGGGUGGCAGAGUUUUUAUUACAAAGAGGAAAUGUCUUGUUUUUUCUUUCCUUUCUUCAUCUCAUGCAGCUUGGAUGUUGGAUAACUGAACCAAAUCUCUCCAUGUCAAUUCAAGUUUUCCUCUAAAAUGUGUGAAAGUGCAAUCAAUGUACAGUGUUAUCUGCAGUUUACUGUAGAGACAGCAGGUCCUCUCUCUGUGUGUUAGGAGGCCUCUUUUCUCCAUCAGAUAACAUUUCUGAAGCGUCUUACCUCACCAUCGGUUCUGUAAAGUCGUAGACACUGUACGCAUUCUUUUACUUUCUUGUUUCUAUUUUUAUUUCUCACAUUUUCUUUGACAAUAAAAAAACUAGU